AAAAGUUAGAAUCCUCCAAAAUGCUUAUGAAUUUCCGCCAAUCCAAAGAGGCCGUGGAGGCCCAGUCAAUCUAAAGACGGCUAAGCUCCUCGUCGUGAGGCCGGGAAAACUCGACUAGCUAGGCUCUCCCAUGGAGUCCGGCGGCGGCGCGCGCGUCCGCCGGCAGCUCCAGGCCGUGGGACGUGUCGCCGCGUACGUCGGGGGCGGCUUCCUCGUCCUGUCCGCAGCAUCCACGGCCGCCGUCCGCUCGCUCCGCUUCCUCUCUGAUGCCAACCAGCGGAAAUUCGCGACGCCGUGUGGUUCAUGCGAGGGGAAGGGAACCUACGCGUGCAGGCUCUGCAGGGGCGGCUCCACGGUGGAGUGGUCUCCGCUCUUCGACCCGGUGUUCAUCAACCCGUGCCUCUGCCCUACCUGUGACGGAACCAGAGUACAGCGCUGCUUGAACUGCCUGGGUAAAUGCUAUGCAUGAAGAAGCCAUGUGUAGCAACUGCCAUUUCUUACCGAUGGGUUUUAUUGUUCGAGGAAACUUAGCUGGUGAGCAUUUCGCAUGAUCAUUUUAAGUUGUUGAUAAAGUUAAGGUCAAGUGUUGCCACGGAGCCGUUGUAUUUUAGUGCUGGGAUGUAAUUGAUUGGUGAAUAAAUUGCAUGGUUUGUGUCUUGUAGUGAAAAAGAAUUUCUGGUUAAUCCAAAACGGAAUAUCAAGGUGUGAACUGAAGUGACUUAUUUUCUUUAAUCCCUAUUUUUAGGUAAAAAGGGUAUAGAACUGAA